AUGGACCCGAACCGGCCACCACUCGUGGCGGAGAAGGUCUUCAAAACGGUGCGUUUCAUAGGCUUCUUCCUACAAAACGGCGUUUCGAAGAGCAAGGUGUUUCAUGAUGUGCAGGACGUGAUGAAGCGUGGGAAGAACAUAGGGAAGGCGCUGAACGACAUCGUGGCUCGCCACCACCAGGCGCUGACGUGUCGCCCACGCGACGCGCACGUGGCCUUCGUGUCGCCGCUGGAGUACCAGUUCAGCUGCAGCGGGAGUCCGCCGCGCACUUCGCAUGCCGGCCGGAGGAAGCUCUCUCCGGCCUCCGCCGCUGUUCGCCGAUCUCCGGGGCACCGUGCAGUGAGGAUGUGCCGUGGCGGUGGUGCCGCCGACGGCACGAUAGAGAGGCGCGUGAAGAUCACGGACUCCGUUGCUUCCAUGUUCAACGACACCGCGGAGAAGGAUUUUCACGUGGACGAGGCCGCGGAGGAGUUCAUAGCGAGGUUUUACAGAGAUUUGAGGUUGCAGAAAUGGCUGGAUCACUAUUGCUGA